AUGCAGGCCUCUGUGCUGAGCCCCACAUCCUGGGAGAAGCGGCGGGCCUGGCUCCGUCAGAGCCGUAACUGGCACACCCACGUCCUGGAAGAGGAGGCUGCAGCCGCCCUGCAGGAUGUCUCAGAUCCUGAGCCUUCCAGCCUGAAUGACGUUUUCCAAGAAGGGAAUCCUAUCAAUAAGAUUGAAGACUGGCUGCAGGAGUGUGGAUACUCUGAGGAAGGACUUUCUGAGGAAGCAGGACAGGCAAUCUACAGUGGGUGCUCCAGCCAUGGGACCAGCUUUGAAGAUGACUUAACUCUCGGAGCAGAAGCCACACUGCUGGCCACCAAUGGCAAACUCUUCUCCAGGAGCUUCCUAGAGACAGCCAGGCCUUGCCAUCUGCUUGAUCUUGGCUGUAGUUUGGCUUCCAGCAGCAUGACCGAUGGGACCAACAAGACUAGUUCAAGCAUCUCAGAGAUUCUGGACAAGGUGCAAGAAGAUGCGGAAGAUGUCCUCUUCAGUCUGGGCUUUGGCCAAGAGGACCACAAAGACACUUCUCGUAUCCCUGCCCGAUUCUUCACCACCCCCUCUCAGGCCAAGGGCAUUGAUUUCCAGCUCUUCUUGAAGGCCCAGGUGCGGAGGAUUGAGAUGGAGGACCCCUGCCUCAUGCUGGCCAGUAGGUUUAAGCAGGUGCAAACACUGGCUGUCACUGCUGAUGCCUUCUUCUGUCUGUAUUCCUAUGUGUCUAAGACACCUGUCCAAAAGUUCAUACCAUCCCGCAUGUUCUGGAAUUGCAAUCCAACUGAUGUGCCAUCCAUCAGGAUUCUGGCCCCAGAGCCUGAGCCCCACUCACCUAGAGAGCGCCUCCGGAAAGCCAUCUCCAAGAUGUGUCUAUAUACAUGCCCCCGAGGUCAGCUAUCACCACCCCACAACACCCCCACAAGGAACAGUAUGGACCAAGUGGUGUGGGAAGUAAUGGACAGAGUGAAAGGAGAAAAGUCGGUCCUCCAGCAAGACUCUGAGUUUGGGAAAGGCCCACAGGAAGAUCCUGUGCCUUCCAUUGGGGGUACAAAGCUGCCCACUUCUCCCUGUCCAUGUGUCCUGUGCUAUAAAGAGGAAACACACCAGGGGAUGUCCACAGUGCUGGCACCACCACAAACUCUGGAUUCUAACCCCAAUGUACCGUGUUGUACACAUUCUCUGCCCAGAGCAGAUCCACAGUGGAGCACAGACCCUGCACAGAUAAAGAGAGAACUGUGGGGUCUGCAGGCCACCAACAAGGAAGCCCAUUCAGCCAAGGAUGAGACUUUCUGGAAAAGAAAGACCAGAGCAAGAAAGAGCCUGUUUCAGAAAAAUCCCAUGGGCAGGAAGGUUAAGUCUUUGGACCUGUCCAUUAUUCAGCAGAAAUGGAAGCAGGCUACAGACAGACCAGAACUGCAACGACCUCUAACCCAGCAGCUGCCAGACACUUCUGACUUGGAGGAGGUGCAAAGCAACAGUGAGGAGGAGGAGAGCUGCUGGCCCAGCAGACCCAGACACCCUCACCUCUCCCAGAAUUUUGCUGGCAAAGAAUCAAGAAGAAUCCAGGCUGUGGUUAUGGAUCAGAGCAAACCUUACCACCUGCACUUGGAUCUGGCCUUCACUAACCGUGUGCCUGUACCCUGCAGCAAUAUCCUCACUACCUUCUUCACCACUGGUUUUCACUUGCCUUCUUCUAAACUUACUGGCUUUCUUCACCACCACAACAGCACGUGCUCUGAUCUCAGCAGCUUCACAGAAGAACCUAAUUCUCACAUCUUCUUGCCAGAAAGUAUACUGACCUCAAAAUCCAGCCCCUGCUCCCUGGCCUUCCAAACCCCUGAACUCAGUAGGAGAAAGGCAGCAUGGUACACCUGA